CCUCUCCCGGCCCGGCGCACCGCUGCCCGCGCGCGAGUCGCCCCGGGACCCGGCACAGGUUGAAGAAAUAUGGAUACCAACACCAUAUUGGUCAUCAGCGCUGGUUUUACCAGCUUUUUCACCUUUCAGCUUCUUUUCCACUUUGUAAGUUAUUGGUUUUCAGCAAAAGUUUCUCCAGGUUUUAAUAAUCUCAACUUCGAAAAGAAGAUUGAAUGGAACUCAAGGGUAGUGUCUACGUGUCAUUCUUUGGUGGUUGGGGUUAUUGGCUUGUACAUUUUCUUGUUUGAUGAGGCUACUAUUGCUGAUCCACUUUGGGGUGAUCCAUCUCUUGUGAAAGUGAAUAUUGCUAUUGCUUCAGGCUACCUCAUUUCUGAUUUGUUGAUUCUCAUUUGGUAUUGGAAAGUGAUUGGUGACAAGUAUUUUAUAAUUCACCAUUGUACAGCGCUGUAUGCAUACUACUUUGUACUGAGGGAUGGAGUGCUGGGAUACAUUGGGAAUUUUCGCCUGCUUGCAGAACUUUCCAGCCCUUUUGUGAAUCAGCGGUGGUUCUUUGAGGCUCUGAAGUAUCCUAAGUUUUCCAAGGCUAAUGUCAUCAAUGGAAUACUCAUGACUGUGGUGUUCUUCAUAGUGCGGAUUGCCUCAAUACCUCCUUUUUAUGGCUACAUUUACUCUGUGUUAGGAACGGAAGCCUACCAGAGGCUUGGAUUUUUAAUUCAGUGUUCCUGGAUCUCUACUUGUGUUGUUUUGGAUGUAAUGAAUGUCAUGUGGAUGAUCAAAAUUUCAAAGGGGUGCAUCAAAGUCAUCUCUCUCAUAAGACAAGAGAAAGCCAAAAAGAGUCUUCAGAAUGGAAAACUUGACUAA